UGAGUGGGCGUGGCUUGGGGUGGGCUGACAUGGGCAUGAUCAAGAUGCAACUCAGCCUUCCAGUUUCCUGUUUGGUGCUGUACAGCGAGGCACGGGCGCCAUGUGUGUGUCCUGAGGCGAGAUCCGGUACUUCUUUACGAGCUGAGAUCCGGAGCAAAACAGGAUAAUAAAAGGAGGAUAGAAUGGAGGACACGCAGAUCACCAUAAACGGAGAUCCUACGAGUCCUACGAGGCUGGAAGAGGACUCCUGCGCAUCCCUAAGGAGCAGAGGAGGCCCACAGAGACGAAGAGGAUCCCUGGCCAGCGUCACUCUUACUUUAGGCGCUGCUACAGUAAUUCUUGUGGGUGCCAUUGGUUUUCUCUCCCUCGUCUUCGCCACGUCACGAGUAGCCAGCCAAUCACAGGCAGGAAAGGUCGUGACGUCACAGGCUGAUGACCAAUUGGAGGCGCUGCAUAUUGAGAAGAGAGAAGCCCCGGCGCAGCAGGGGGCGUGUCCUGAGGAGCUUUGCUUGACGAAGGAGUGUAUACAUGUCGCCUCGAGCCUCCUCACAUUUAUGGACGAGACAGUGGAUCCUUGUGACGACUUCUACAGGUACGCGUGUGGGGGCUGGAUAAAGGAGAAUGAACAUGAAGUGGCAACAGAGAACUUCGUCUACAGUUUUGUCUUCGACGUUCUCUCAGAUAAGAUCGACACGACUCUUAAAGAGCUGCUAAGGACGGGAGGAAAUGUGCCGCAGGAGUUACUGCAGACCAAACCAUAUGAAGAUCUCUUUCUUUUCCACGAGAGAUGCAAGGAAGUGGAGACAAGCACGCAGGAUAUGUCCCCAGCUCACGAUGCCCUGCGAACACUGGAUCAGUUUCAAGUCGGGAAGCCCUUUGACUCCUCCGCGUGGGACUUGACUCGCGCCCUUAUGCAGCUCCUUCAAACCAACGGGGCGCCGCUUUUUGACGUCGUUGUGGAUUCUGAUGUGAAAGAAAUGUCAAAGUUUUCUAUUGUAAUCACUUCCCCGCGCAACUUCGGUCUGAUUUCUCGCCUCGUCAGACACCCUCUUCACCGCAGGAGCCGUGGCAGUCUGCACAAGUUCGUGAGGGAAAGAGGGCGACGAAUGCUCUUUGGAGACCAGGACGAGGAGGCGGCGGUGAGGGAGGCAUUGGCAAGGGGCGGACCAGUGCUGAUGGCUGGAAGCAGAGAUGCACUGACACGCCACGCCCUUCAGAGAGACGCUGUGGGCAAUCUAGUGUCUGCUGGAGAUCAGAAGGACGAGGAAGAGAAGGAGGAGGAGGAGGAGGAGGAGGAGGAGGAGGAGGAGGAGGAGGAGGAGGAGGCCACCACAGUCACAACCACAGACUCCUCCACCUCCACUGCCUUCAAUACCCUCCACACUACCACUCCAGCCACCACGACCUCCCACGCCACGACCCACACGCUAACCACCAAUACUGCUGCCUCCACGGAUCUGCCCUCCACUCCCUCCACUGCCUCCACUACUACCACCACUACUGGCAACACCACCAUCACCAACACCACCUCGGCAGAAGAGGAGGAAGGCGACGAAGCAAAGGAUAUAUAUUGGUUGCUGGAACAAGCCUCAGUCAGCAGGAGAAUCAUAUACAGAAUAUUUAAGGAGGAUAUGGAUGAAAAACGCCUGGAGUCCCUUGCUACCAUCUUGCAUGAUACCUUCCCCAACGCCAGUGUCCUCUCGUCCUCCUCCUCCUCCUCCUCCUCCUCCCCCUCCUCCUCGUCCUCCUCCUCCUCCUCCCCUGAAGGUGACGCCCCUGACGAUGUGUAUUCUGAAGUGAUGACCCGUUUUCUUCCUAUUCUGCAGAAGCUUCUCCCCAGUGAAAGAGAGGAACUGGAGAUUCAACAAAGCGGGAAACAGUACAACCAUUUCACCAUCAGCUCUCUACCGAAGUUGUGCCCUGUGAUUGACUGGUCUGUACUGCUUGGGGGACUUCUGAACCUGACCAUUACGGAGGAACACAAUAUAUACGUCCACUACCCUGAGCACCUCACCAAACUCUGUACUCUGCUGGACAACACGGAGCCUUGGGUGAUCCACUACGCCCUCCUCACCCUCUACUCCUACGAUGUUCUUCAGGAGACUGUGUUCGCUACUGAGGGCAUGGACAGGGAUGACUUCUGCCUGCAGGCAGUGAAGAGCGUGUUUGGAGAAGUGAUGUCAAACUUGUACCUUCACCACAUUGGCAACGAAACAUUAGAGAGAGUCAAAAAUAGUACGUCCUCUAUAAUGGAGGUUCUACGGGAGGAGGUGGAGGAGAGUGUGUCAGGGGCGGCGUGGCUGGGACAAGAGGACAAGGAGACGGUGCUGGAGAAAUUGCACUCAAUGAAACUCAAAGUGGGGGCGAGAGAAAAGCAUUGGGAUAUAGAAUUUGUGAACAAGUCCCACGCAGAGCUUAGUUUCCCGCCCAACGCCUCCUUCCUGCACACUGUUCUGGAGCUGUACCGCACCUUCAGACACCAGCUUUACCAGCUCCACCGCACCCCUAUGGAGAACGAUGACUUCAUCUGGUCAUUCACUGUACAGCCUUACGUAGUGGAUGCCUUUUACGCUGUGGACAUCAACAGUAUAGUGUUUCCAGAGGCGUUCUUCCACCCACCUUAUCACCGCCACCACGCUCCACAUUAUAUAAAUUUUGGAUCCACUGCCACGUCAAUAGCUCAUGAGAUCUUUCACGCUUUGGACUUCUUAGGCAUUCAGUUUGACGAGGAAGGGUUACUGACGCAGCCCUUCAGUCAGGAGAUGGCGGAGCGGUUAAACACUACAAUUAACUGCUACCAUGACCUUCUAACCGAGUCUUUUUAUGAAAUUCGCUAUAUGCACCACACGCUCAUUGCUCUGGAGAUCGACAACUCCAUCACGAAAAACGAAAACCUGGCAGACAUUAGUGGCCUGCGCACCGCCUUCAGGUCCUAUCGGCGUUGGGAGGAGACGCAGGGAGUGGAGCCUCGCCUGCCUGCCCUCCCUCUCUCCCCUCACCAGCUGUUCUUCGUCUCCGCAGCACAGCCUUACUGCAGCGUGACCUCAAUGGUUGGGAACAUUCUCCUCAUGGAAUUGGAUGAACACCUGCCCAAUAAGAUCAGGAUUAACGGGAUGAUGAAGAACCUGCCAGAGUUUACCCAAGUGUUCGACUGUCCUCCCACCUCCAAAAUGUUCUCUGAUCACACCUGCCAGCUUUUCUAAGUCACACCUGUUGAUAAGUUAAGCCACGCACACCUGUCACUUUUUUUUAGGCCACACCUGACAGAUUAAGCCACCCACACCUGUUGAUAAGCCAUUCACGUCUCCCACAUUUUCUAAGCCACAUCUUUUGAUUAAUUAAGGCAUCCCAAGCCUCACAGUGCAUCUGUUAACGUGUUCUAAGCUACCCACACCUGUCCCUGUGUUCUGUUCUCCUGUCUACACACUUGUUAUUGCCCCACACAAACCUGCUGCAGUAAAAUGACACGAUAAACAGAAUACAAAAAUAGCAGAGUCGAACUUUUUAUCUUGUUAAUUUAAGUUGAUUUUUUUUUGUUAAUUAAUGAUGACAUGUAUUUAUUUCGCGAGACGCAAGUAAAUGUUGAACGAAUAAAUUAUUUUAAUGUUAGUAAA